UUAAAGAGAACAAUAAGAAAGCCAGAAAAGGAUCUCUUAUAUAUAUACCCUAGCAGCAUCACAAAGGCAAGAUCACUCACACACACACACACACCCAUCUAUCCCAUAUUGUCAUCAAGCCACUAUUUGCCAAUACUUCUCUUUCUCUCUCUAAACCCAAAACCCAAACACAGCACCAAAACAGAACAACACAUGAACGCGUCGACUUGGUGCAUGGAAGACCACGGCGGCCACCACCUCCAGCCCCCAGCCGCCGCGCUCGCUUACGCGUGGGAAUACCUGCCCGGCGCUACGUUCGAAGACCACGGCGGCGGCGGCGGUGGCGCCGACCAGCUUGGUUGCUGCGCCUUCUCGACGGCGUCAGAGCUCCGGAGGGCGCUGGUCCGCGCGCUGGCCGAGCUCGAGUCGGCGCGCGCCGCGCACCAGGCGGAGCUCCGGCGAAUGGAGUCCGAGGCCGCGCGGCUGGCUGCGCUUGUGGCGUCCGCGGCCGCCGAGCGGGACGAGCUCCGGCGGCAGUGCCACUCCCUGCUGCUCCUCCUCAACCACCAGGCCCAGGCGCCGACGCCGCCUCCGAGCCUCCACGCCGGCGUCCUGCUGGGAGGAGGAGGAGCCGCCACCGCUGUCUUGGACGAGCACGCGCCGGACGCCGUCGCCUGCGCCGACAACACGGAGCUGGAAAUGGCGCUCGCGCGGCGGCUGCCGGAGAAGGGCCGCCUUGUGGAGGCCGUGGUGUCGGCCGGCCCGCUCCUCCAGACGCUGCUCCUCGCCGGUCCGCUCCCGCGGUGGCGCCACCCGCCGCCCCCCGCGCCGGCCGGCGGCGCCGACAUCCCGCCGUUCAAUCCCGGCCGCCUGAGCCCUCUCACGGCCGACGCCUCAAACUCCUCCUCUUCAGCCUCGGCGGGGUCAUCUUCGCCGGAGAGCAACUGCAGCGGCGGUGGGCCCCUGCUGCCGGUGGCGCUGCCGUCGUUCCACAUGAGCCCCUUCUGCUUGUAGCCGCGCUCAUUCGUGCAUGCUCCCUUGCUUCCUGCGCGGCGGGUACAUGCCACUAACUAACAGGAGGGGCAUAAUUGUCAUUAGUGCUAGCUUAAUCGUGAAUAAAGCUCUAUUUGUUUUGGCUGGAGAUGGUGAAUUAUGCAUAAUUCAUAAUCUGUAAGUUAAAAUAAAUAGACAUCAUCACAAUUCAGCUUGUAACAAUUCAGCUUCUCAGAUUGUAACAAUCGAGCAAUUUAGGUUCCACCAGCUUCUAUAGAUUGUACAAUCUAAUUUUUUACCAUUUACAAUCUCUAGACUAUUUUUCACGAUCUUUAGUUUAAACAAACAGACUCUAAUCCCUAUGAAGCACUCUAAACUUUAGAUCCUUACUUGACCCUUCGAAACGUAUGAAACGAUUGAUUCAUCGUUCCACGUGUCGUGUAAAGUUGAGAGGGUCUCAUUGUCAAGGUUUGCUGAUUCAUGGAGCGAUUUGUCUAAUGAAAAGUGGGCAAAAGAGAUUGGGACAUGCAAGAGAAGCACAUGCAUGCCACUCAUCACUAGAGUGCAACAGCUAGUGUAAUG